GUCAACCGUUUGUAAAUCCUGACGGAACACCGGCAAUAUACAAUCCUCCCAGCGGCCAGCAGACGAUGAGGAGCCAGAUGGUGGGACAGUCUCAGCAGCAGCCUUCAUCCCAACAGCCUCAGCAGGUUCAACAGCCACAGCAGCAAAUGGCAAGUCACCUUGUCACACAGCCUGUUCAGGCGAUGCAGCCAUCUUCUCAGUCAGUCCAAUAUCCAGCAGUUUCUUAUCCUCCCCAGCAUCUCCUGCCUGUCUCUCCAACGCAGCAGUUUUCUGUGCGAGAUGACAUGACAGCCCAGUUUAACCAGAUGAGUUUAAGUCGUCAGUCAUCAGGAGACAACCCUGAUUCGCCUUCCGGACCUGUCUACCCGUCGCCUCUGCUGCAGCAGCCUGCCCAGCAGCCGGGUUACAUUAUGGCUUCCCCAAGUCAGCAGCUUCCCCCGGGAGGUUUUACAGGUUCAGGUCCACCAGUAUCCCAGCAAGUGCUGCAGCCACCGCCGCCACCGCCCCAGGGCUUCGUGCAACAACCGCCACCGCCUGCUCAGAUGCCAGUGUAUUAUUACCCAUCUGGUCAGUACCCUACCUCAACAACUCAGCAGUACAGACCCAUUGCCUCGGUUCAGUACAAUGCACAGCGGAGUCAACAGAUCCCACAAACUGCACAGCAAGCAGGUUACCAGCCUGUCCUGCCCAACCAGCAGCAGGGGUUCCAGGGUCUCAUGGGAAUGCAGCAGCCGCCCCAAAGCCAGAACCUGAUGAGUAAUCAACAGGGAAAUCAGGUGCAAGGCAUGAUGGUGCAGUAUCCAGCCAUGUCGUCUUAUCAGGUGCCAAUGACCCAGGGUUCUCAAGGAUUGCCGCAACAAUCAUAUCAACAACCAAUCAUGCUACCUAAUCAAUCAGGUCAAGGAACACUUACAGCCACUGGAAUGCCUGUCUACUGUAAUGUCAUACCUCCUGCCCCACAGAGCAACCUACGGUUGAUUGCCCCACACUGCCCCUCCAAUAACGUUCCAGUUAUUUCCGCCAGCUGCAGGACAAACUGUGCAAGCAUUAACAAUGCAGGGUGGCAGGUCAAGUACUGACACUGUGGCUUAAUGUGGCUAUAUGAGGAUAGCGGUGCAUUAUUUGACAAAUAACUCAUGGCCUUCAAAUGAAGAGGAACGCAACAGGAUAAUCAGUUGAGGACAUAAGUACUGACUAUGCUCAAGUGACUUGCUGCUGGAAAAAUCUGUAAAAAAAAAAUAAAAAGUAAAAUAAAUUUUGAAAAAAAAAUGUUUGCUGGUUAAUGGUGCAUAUUUUUGUCAUGUCUGCUAGGUAUGCCUUUAUAGCUUAGCUAGUGACAUGAAUUCAUUGAGGUAAGAUUUUUUCCUACCACUGAACACCACUGUGUAGAUUGUAAUAUCCCUGAUUCGGAUUAGUUUUGUACUUUGUGUUGAGUUUGUGAAGCUAAAAGUAUUUAAAAAUAUAAUAAAAUCACAUUGUACCAAAGCUGUAAUGGAAAUGAAAAAAAGACAAAAACAAGCAAAAAAAAUUACUGAAUGGAAGGAAUAAUUUAUAUACACUAUAGAGUUUUUUAUGGAUAUAUACUGUAUUGUAGUGCUUAAUCACAAUAAAGCUAUUUGACCUCAUGGAGAAAGGUCAUGUUUCUA